AUGCCCGUCGUGAGAACCUCAAGAAUACCUCCUCAUUCAACUACUCACGGUGGGCUCCUAGGAAGCUUGCUCUUCUACCUCUUGACCUUCACCCUAAGCGUCCUUAAACGUUACAUCUUCAUCGACUUCGCCAUGCGCGAUGGAUCUUCCAUCCAAGGUCUUAAUCUGCAACAUCGGGACCUAAAUCCCUCUCGCAUCUUUAACAUCUAUGCUAAAUUGGUUGUCCAGUCCAUCGCAGCAACCGCGGCGGCCAUUAGUGUGGCGGCGACCCUUCUUGUUCUCUACUGGUUUUGCCGGAUGCAUAAGCGAUUUCGACACAGCAUGUUGCUGAUCUAUGGUGAUCUGAUGAAGUCAGCAUGGUACUUCAUAUUCGCAAUUGAGAGUUUCCGCCAUAACGUGGACACAAAGACGCCAUUCUGCCAAGCCAGUGGCUUCUUCAUACAAUAUGGCACAGAGACAUGUGAUUAUGCGGUUCUCGUCAUUGCAGUCCACAGCGCGCUUCAGGUCUUCCAGCCAGUGAGAUCAGCAAAAACGGACGGUCUCUACCAGUACCGUAAUUUUAUUUAUCUUGGAGGCAUCUCCAUCCCUAUUAUCAUGGCCGCCCUAGCAUUCAUCAAUCCUACCGCUGGCUACAUAGCCCAGGGCGCCUUUUGUACCCUUCCGUUGCGCCCAUACUGGUACCGGCUUGCUUUGGCUUGGAUACCGCGCUAUCUGAUUGCCAUAAUCAUAAUGGGCUUAGCAGCUGCCAUAUACACAAUCGUUGGCUUCGAGUUCCGCCGCUUUGCGAGGGCUUCAGGAGACUCAACCAGCUUCUCCGACUUUCCAGCAACACCGAGAGUGUCAGCCACUGACGGCAGUAUUGACACAUCAGCAGCUGCGGUACACACUGCCGUCACAUCUCCUCAAUUCCGGAGGAACUCGUACGGGGGUCCAGAUACAAUGCAUAGUCGUAAACCUUCGGUUGCGCUAUCUAUUCCCGAGACUACAUUGUCUCAGCGUAGCUCAGUGGACUUCCAGGAGAAGUCUGCGGUGCCCUUCAAAAUCGGCACUAUCGCUCAAAACGACGGAUCAGAUGUACGCCCAUCAAUCACAAGCCUGGUGACGGCAGACACGAGCAUAUCAGGCGAAUCCAAUGUGCGUCGACCAUCUGUCGUUCGUAUCGACCCUGAAGCUAUACACCCUUCAGACGCCACCCCGCAUACAGCAAGCCAGAGCAUGACCAUACAGCGCACCCGCAUCCAGCGUCAAAUCCGCCUCCAAUUCAUCUACCCCCUCAUAUACGUCUGCAUGUGGAUAUUACCCUUCGCCCUGCAUUGCCUACAGUACCAAGACCGCUAUGCCCAACAUCCACCUUUUGUCCUCUCCAUCCUCGUCGUCCUAUGCCUCACCUCGAUGGGUACGGUCGACUGCCUCAUCUUUUCCCUGCGUGAGCGCCCGUGGCGCCACAUGCCGCGCUCUGACCGCACCUUCUGGGGUAGCUUUGUCUGCUGGCACGGCGACGGCGACGACGAGCGCGCGCAGACAUCUAGACAGGGUAGACACUCUUUAGAUGACGAAAGCCGUCGUUCAAGCACGAAUGUAGGUAGUGAAGCUCCACCCGCAACUCGAAAUCAACAUCUGGCAUCUGUUUUCAUUCCGCGAGUCAGCACAGCUCUAUCGGGCAAUCCGCCUGCCCGCACGUUCUUGAGAUACAUCAUCAAACAGCCGAAGCUGUCGAAUGGGUCUACAGAGGAGCAGAAGAACGCCGCGGAGAUAGCGCGGGAGCGGCUCAGGGUUGAGCAGGAUGAUCGGAGGCUGGCAAAAAUGAGGGCCGAUGAGAAGGCGGCGGCGGCUGCGGCGGAGAGAGAGGCUUUGGUUGAACAAGAGCAAAAGGAGGAGACGAGCGGAAGCGUGUAUUCGCAAUCGACAGGUGCUGGUCAGCUGGAUCUGGAGCAGAUCAAGGCCGACGAAAAGAUGACGGCGGCAGUAGCGGCAGAGAGGACAGCUUUAGCAGCACAAGAGCACGAUGAAAAGGAAGAGACAAGUGGAAGUGUGUAUUCGCAGUCGACUGGUGACGGACCACCAAACAUGGAGCUAGGGGAGGCUGCAGAUGGCGGUGACAGCGGUAAUGAGACAAGCAGUAUCACAGAGAAUGUUGAGGAAGUGUAG